UUAUCAAGACGCAUUAACGUCUUGUUUGUUUGCGAUGAGUGGAACUCCAGCAAAGGAGGUUUGCCAACAUUUAACAGAGAAUUUGCCAUAAAUCUUGCCAAAACAUCGAGGGAUGACUUUGGGAUUUUCUGCUAUGUCUGUCAGAGCAGUGAAUCGGACAGAGAAGAUGCCAGAAAAAAUGGUGUGAAUAUAAUAACAGCAAAGAGUGUACCGGGAACUCAUGACCGUCUGGAAUGGCUGAGACUCCCUCCUUCAGAGCUUCCACAUCCUGAUGUUGUGAUCGGCCAUGGGCGAAAGUUUGGUACUCCUGCUUAUUGCCUUGUACAAACUACAAACUGUAAAUGGGUUCAGUUUGUACAUGUAUUUUGUGAAGACCUUGGAAAGUACAAACAAACACUAGAAACAGAUGCAGUGGAAGAGAAUGAGAAGAAGCAUAAAGAGGAAAUAAAACUCUGCAAAGCAGCAAACGCCGUGGUUGCUGUCGGCUCACGACUACAGCAAAAAUACAGUAGAUGUCUCCCAGACAGGACAGUUCACAUCAUCACCCCUGGAAUUUUCGAUAAAUUUGUCUAUAUCUCAGGUCAGAAAUUUGCCAAUGUUUCGCAUAGUCUUGAUGAGUUCAGUGUCUUUGUCUUUGGAAGAGGAUCUUAUGAAGAUCUGGCUCUAAAGGGCUAUGAUAUUAUUGCCAAUGCAUUAAGUUCACUUGGAGAGAAGUUUAAGAUGACAUUUGUCGGUUCACCUGAAGGCCAACAUAAAAGUAUAAUGGAGUGGUUUUUAAAACAUACAAGCAUAAAAACGAGGCAGUUAACAGUACGCGGUUACUGUAAUCAAGAUGAAGUUAAAGAGAUGUUCUAUGCAGCAGACUUGGUUGCUAUGCCUUCUCGUACCGAAGGCUUUGGUCUGAUUGCCCUCGAAGCCAUUUCUGCUGGUGUUCCUGUUCUUCUUACUAGUGAAUCUGGAAUAGCGAAAGCUCUACAGCAAGUUGAUGGUGGAAUGUCUGUGAUCAUUGAAUCAGAAGAUCCCAAAGAGUGGUCCCGGAAAAUCAGAACUCUGUCUGAGAAGAAGCCGCAUGGAAGACUCAACACUGCUGUUGAACUCAGAGAAAGCUACAACAAGACAUUCCCUUGGGACAUGCAAUGUAAGCAAUUCAAAGAUGUCAUUUUGAGGAUGAUGAGUGAUAGGUGCGAUGCUGAAAGUGUUGAAGGUAGCUGA